UGGCCCCAGGGAGGGCGCGGCCUGAUGGAGAGGGUGUGCAGGCCCAGGUACGGGGAGUGCAGGUAUGGGUGCUGCUCCAGGGCGUGCGGUGCUAGGGAGGACGUACAGGCCGGGACCGAGCCUUGUUGGCUCUCCCCAGGCCUGUCUUCCUGUUCACCUUAGGCAGCAGAGGGAUGGCUGCUCAGCUGCUGACUGAUGAGGCACUGGAAUCAGUGACGUUCAGGGAUGUGACUGUGGACUUCACCCAGGAGGAGUGGCAGCAGCUGGAACCUGCCCAGAAGGACCUGUACAGGGAUGUCAUGCUGGAGAACUACAGGAACCUGGUCUCACUGGACUGGGAGACUAGACCUGAAAUGAAAGAGUUGGAUCCAAAAAAUGACAUUUUGGAAGACAAGCCUUCCGUUGUAGGGGUGGCCAUGGGAGGACCCACGAGGAACGGUUCCCAAGGUCCUGCCUCAGAAGGAGUGUGGGAACCAGGCAGUUGGCCAGGGAGGCCGCAGGGAGAUGCAGGGGUGGAGUGGGAGCCAUUGGGAAUUCCCCAGGGAAACAAGCUCUUGGGGGCUUCAGUACCCGGAUGUCAUGACCUGAGGGCAUUUGCCAACCAAAGCUCUGUCCUGGUCCCACCACAGCCAGACGAUACCAAGAAAAAGGAGGCCUGUCCACCCAUAAGGCAUGGCAAGAACUUCUGCAGCACUUCAGACCUCAGUAAGCCCCUCAUUCCCUGCGUGGAGAAGAAGUCCUAUGAUUGUGAUGAGUGUGGCAAGGCCUUUGGCCGAAGCUCGUCCCUGUUAAAGCACCAAAGGAUCCAUACGGGGGAGAAGCCGUUUGAGUGCGACACCUGUGGGAAGCAGUUCAUCGAGCGCUCCUCCCUCACCAUUCACCAGCGGGUGCACACGGGUGAGAAGCCCUACACCUGCGCGGACUGCGGCAAGGCCUUCAGCCAGCGCAUGAACCUCACGGUCCACCAGCGCACGCACACGGGCGAGAAGCCGUAUGCUUGCCACGUGUGCGGCAAGGCCUUCCGCAAGACCUCGUCCCUCACCCAGCAUGAGCGGAUCCACACGGGGGAGAAGCCCUAUGCGUGCGGGGACUGUGGCAAGGCCUUCAGCCAGAACAUGCACCUCAUCGUUCACCAGCGCACGCACACCGGGGAGAAGCCAUACGUGUGCCCUGAGUGCGGCCGGGCCUUCAGCCAGAACAUGCACCUGACCGAGCACCAGCGCACGCACACAGGGGAGAAGCCCUACACCUGCCAGGAGUGCGGCAAGGCCUUCAACAAGAGCUCCUCGCUCACCCUGCACCAGCGGAACCACACAGGCGAGAAGCCCUACGUGUGCGGCGAGUGCGGCAAGGCCUUCAGCCAGAGCUCCUACCUCAUCCAGCACCAGCGUUUCCACAUUGGCGUGAAGCCCUUUGAGUGCAGCGAGUGCGGCAAGGCCUUCAGCAAGAACUCCUCGCUCACGCAGCACCAGCGCAUCCACACUGGCGAGAAGCCCUACGAGUGCUACAUCUGCAAGAAGCACUUCACGGGGCGCUCGUCCCUCAUCGUGCACCAGAUCGUGCACACCGGCGAGAAGCCCUACAAGUGCGGCGAGUGCGGCAAGGCCUUCAGCCAGAGCGCCUACCUCAUUGAGCACCAGCGCAUCCACACUGGCGAGAAGCCCUACCGCUGCGGCCAGUGCGGGAAGUCCUUCAUCAAGAACUCGUCCCUCACUGUGCACCAGAGGAUCCACACUGGUGAGAAGCCCUACCGGUGUGGCGAGUGCGGGAAAACGUUCAGCCGCAACACGAACCUGACGCGCCACCUUCGGAUUCAUACCUGAGCGCUUGGUGCAUGGCUUGCCUUGGCGCCAAAUGCUUGCCUGAUCCGUCCUGUGAGAAGUUCUUCUCUGGGGUGGGGACUCAGGGUCAGGGGAGCUCAGGAACGGGGGGGGUUGUAGAGCAGCUGUCCAAUCACAGGUACCCCCUCCUUACUGGGCCUCAGAAAGCAAGCCCCUCAGUGUCUGAUGUAUCUGGGGACACUUCAAGGUUCACUGUAGCUGAGCCAUGGCUGCUGGUAACAGACAUCGUGGUUCCAGACUAGUCCUCUGAAUAAUUGUCCUAUGAGCUUGGACAGGUCACACUGGCCUCCACAUCUGUUCCUCCACAUCUGUUUCUUCAAUGGCCAAGUGGAGGUGUUGGGGAGGGAGGUGGCCUCAUCAGGUGAACCUUGAACCGUCUCUCCCUUUGUCAGAUACACCCUGGCAUCCAGAUGCAGCUUGUCACCGUCUGCAUUUUCUCGGUGGGUUGGGAGCCUGCGGGCCUUUCUAUCCCUCCAUCCACCAUUUCCCUGCAGCAUGCAUUGGAAGACACCAGUUUGCCAGUUGUUUGUAAGGGGAAAUUUUUUUUCAGAGUUAGCAAAUAACAAUAACGACUGCUUUUAAUGCCAAAGUUUCUUAGAGUGGUCUGUUAACAUUUUUUUAAAAAAUAAAACUGUUAAUUAAGGGACACUAUGUCAUUUUAAACAGUCUUCUGUUUUGACUAGUUGUCUGGUCAAAAUCAGCUUCAGUGAUUGUGGGGGGAGCAAGAGGGAAAAGAAAGAGCAGCAGGUUUGAUAUUCAAGAUUAAAUGUGCAUGUAUGCAAUAAGUAUACACAUCUUAGCACAGACUAUUUUUAUAGCUAUUUUUGCAGCUAAAUGUGAAAGCAACUGUCUUCAGUCCCUUCCUGCUGCUGUAACAAAAGACCUUAGACCCGGUAAUUUAUAAACAAUAGAAAUUUAUCACUUACAGUUCUGGAUGCUGGGAAGUCCAAGAUCAAGGCUCUGGCAGAUUUGGUGUCUGAUGGGGUGUGUUCUUCAUAGGUAGUGUUUUUAGGUGUGUCCUCACGUGGUUGGGAACGGCAGACUUCCUCAGGCCUCUUAUAAGGGUGCUAAUCCCAGUCACAAGGGCUCUGCCCUCAUCUCCUCAUCACCUCCCAAAGGUCCUCCCUUUUCAUACUAUUACACUGGGGACUGAGUUUCCAACAUGUGAACAUGGGGAGGCACCAACAGUUAGACCACAUCAGUAACUUUAAGUGAGUUUCCUAAGGUCGAGUGAAGCUCUGUUUACACAUAAGAGUGUUCCUCAAAGGGUACUUUCUCUUGGGCAUUUUAGACUGUCCUCUUUGUGCUGAUAUUUGAUACUACUGGUUGCUAAUGUCCUGGCAUUUCCCAUUGUUCCACACUCCCUGACAAUGGUGUACAUAAAGAAAUAA